AUGACUGAUCGACAACAACAAAUAGACGGUAUUUUAUUGUCCUUAGCAACUUCAUUUGAAGGAGGUGUGCCUGAACUGUUCGACCAUGUCUUCUCUUUUCUUUCUCGAAAAACUGAUUUUUAUACUGGGGCAGCUACUUCCACAACCGCAAAGAAAAUUGUUUUGGAUGCUUUUGAAAAAUACGAAAAGACUUGCCAAGCCGAGGCUUUGGAGAAAUUGAAGCGGAAAGAGGCGGAAGAGAAAAAAUUGGCUGAAAGACGGGCUGCUCAAAAAGCUAAGGAAGAGGCGGAAUUUACUGAGACUAGCCGAAUUAAGGAAUUGACUGAUGAAGAAGCUGAACAACUUCAGAAAAAGUUGGAUGCUGAAAAAGCUAAAGAGAAAGCCACAGAAAUGCUUGAAAAUAACCUGAAAAAUAAUUCUGAAGAAAAUGGACAAAAUAAAGAAGAGGAAAAGUCUGACAAAAUCAAGCCAAAUUUGGGGAAUGGUUGUGAUUUGGAAAAUUAUCAAUGGACCCAAACACUUGGAGAAUUGGAAAUUCGAGUUGUUUUUAAGGGAAUUGGAUUUCCACUUAAAGCAAAAGACGUUGUUGUUGAUGUUGGACGUAAACAUUUAAAAAUUGGACUUAAAGGAAAACAACCAUUAGUUGAUGGUGAAUUGGCUGAAGAAAUUAAACUUGAAUCGCUCAACUGGAUUAUUGAAGACAAGAAAAAUGUUGUUUUGAAUGUUGAUAAGGUAAAUGGUAUGCAUUGGUGGAACAAACUUUUACUUACUGACCCUGAGAUUGAUACUCAAAAAGUUCAGCCAGAAAAUUCAAAACUUUCGGAUUUGGAUGGUGAAACUCGUUCAAUGGUCGAGAAAAUGAUGUAUGAUCAACGUCAAAAAGAACUUGGAUUACCAACUUCUGAGGAAAAGAAGAAGCAUGAAAUUCUUAAAAAGUGGGAUUUUUUUAUUUCAAAAAAAAAUUUUUUUUGGAAAGGGUUUCCGUCAAAGUUGAAUUAACCAAAAUUUGAAAAUUAUUAAAAAAUCAUGGGAAAUUUUUUUUGUGGAAAAACAUUUGUGAAUUUCGUAGUUGAGAAUUGGUUUUUUUUUUGUUAGAAUUAGAAACCGGAUUGAGAAGUAUGAGAUAGUAUGACGUAUCUCGUAAAUAAAUUUUAGAUUGUUCAAAAUUUGAGAUUUGUUCAAAAUUUGUUUUCUUGUUUCGGUUGUUGAAACAUUAAAAAUUUUUUUCGGUACUCCCAGUAUUUUGAAAAAUUUAU